AUGAUGGCAACGAUAGACAAUUUACAAUUUACUUUACCACUAGUGACAACGAUAAUAAAACUAGUGAUAAUAUGGUGGAAAAAACCGGAUCUUACAUUAAUAUUAAAUACGAUCGCCAAUGAUUGGUUAAAAGCUAAAACCGACAAUGAGCUACACGUUAUGAUAAAACGUGCGCAGAAUGCACGUAUCAUUACUAUAUUUGGAUACGUUAUUAUGACAGUAGGAUUCAGUUUACUCGUAUUUCUACCUUGCUUUGGAACAUCAUUAAGAUAUGUGACAAAUAUUACGGACUCGAUUAAGAUCUUGCCUUUGCAAACCCACUACUUCUAUGACAAAAAUCAAAGUCCGUACUACGAGCUCACGUUCAUUGCACAAACUCUUAUGCUUGUAAUGACUGCUGCAUCUUAUACCGGCGUAGAUAACUUACUUGGAUUACUAGUAUUUCACUUGUGUGGCCAAAUGGAAAACCUCAAAGAACAAUUAAUCAAUAUAAGGCAAUUUAAAAACUUCAACAACGGUCUCGCUCUUAUUGUUAAGGAUCAUUUUCUUAGUUAUUUUGAUAUAGUUGAAAGUACAUUCACUUUUUUACUACUCGGUUUGCUACUAUAUUUUGAAAUAUUAAUUGGUCUAUACGGAUUUUUAAUCGUUGCGGUGCUGACAGAAGGAAAGGAAAUGUCAAUGCUGCGUUUCAUAUAUCUUAUAUCUGUAGCGUUAAACAUUUGCGGCCAUAUGUGUCUGUAUUGUGUAGUAGGUGAGAUUCUAGUAGCACAAUGCGAAGGAAUAUAUCAUGCAGCGUAUGAUUACGAAUGGUACAUGCUAGAGCCGGAAGAAGCAAGAACGUUGAUUAUAAUAAUGAUUCGGGCGAACAAACCCCUCUAUAUUACAGCUGGGAAAAUGUUUCCUAUGACAUUGCCGAUGUUUUGCAAUUUAAUAAAAGCAUCAGGCGGAUAUAUGUCGGUUUUGCUUAUAGAUUUUGAAUGGGCAACUAAAUUGAAUCGUCUUACGCUGAGUAUUGUCGGCAUAUGGCCGAAUAUUCAUGAAAAUGCCUCUGACAAAUUCUUAUCAGACUUGCGCGCAAUGUUCUCAGUACUCCUAUUCGUUUUUAUCGGCAUGAUUCCCGCAAUGCACUCGCUGGUGAGAACUUGGGGCGACAUGCUCGCAAUGAUAGACAACUUGCAAGUUACUUUACCACUGGUGACAACGAUAAUGAAACUGGUGAUCAUAUGGUGGAAGAAACCCACUCUUAUACUGGUGUUAAAUACGAUCGCCAAUGAUUGGUUAAAAUCCAAGACCGAUAAAGAACUGCAUGUUAUGAUAAAACGUGCGCAGAGUGCGCGUGCCAUUGCUAUAUUCGGAUUCGUCCUUGUGACAGUAGGAUCCGGUUUACUCGUUGUUUUACCUUGUUUCGGAACAUCAAUGAGAUAUAUGACAAAUAUUACGGAUCCGAUUAAAAUUUUACCUUUGCAAAGCCACUACUUCUACGACAAAAAUCUAAGUCCGUAUUAUGAGCUCACGUUCGCCGCGCAAACCCUUCUGCUCAUUCUAGCUGCUGCAUCUUAUAUCGGCGUAGAUAAUUUAUUUGGAUUACUAGUAUUUCACUUGUGUGGCCAAAUGGAGAACCUCAAAGAAAGACUGAUAAAUAUAAAACAAUUUAAAAACUUCAACAAUGGUCUCUCUUUCAUCGUCAAGGAUCAUAUACGAUUAAUCAAGUUUCAUAUUUUGAUAUCGUUGAAAGUACAUUUACUAUAUUACUACUUGGUUUGA